AUGAGACCGUUCAAUGCUAUACUUUGUCUGUUGACAAUCACGACAUCGGCAAGAAAGACAAGGGACACUAACGAUCUCCUCCCAUUCACAUAUGAACCCCUACCCCUUGGAAGUAUCACACCGAACGGAUGGCUAAGAACAGAACUCGAAGCAUCCGCAGCAGGACUAGGAGGCCAUCUAUACGAAUUCUACCGCUACGUCGCAAACUCCUCUUGGAUAGGCGGUGACCAAGAAUACAGCGAACUAAACGAAGCGCUGCCAUACUGGCUAAACGCCAUAGUCCCGCUAUCCUUCACACUCCAAGACGACCGCUUGAAAGGCGAUAUCAAAACAGUAGUCAACAAAAUCCUCGAUCUAAUUCAACCAGAUGGCUGGAUUGGACCUGAAACUAUUGAAACGGGAAACCGUCUCAUCUGGGCGCGGACCCUUGUUUUUCUGGGAUUGACCAAUCUCGUCGAUGCUGAUCCGGAGACUUAUCAGGAACCUAUUCUCGAUGCCUUGUAUGGAUUCAAUGAAUUGAUGAACUCGAUGUUGAAGAACAAUGGUACGGGCAUGAUCUAUCAUGAUGGUGAUCAGGCCAGUGCGGAUGAUUUUAUUUGGUUCCGGUCUAGGUCGCAGGAUAUGGUUGUUUCGCUACAGUGGAUGCUUGAUUAUCAUCCAGGGAAUUCCAGUAAGGUUUUGAGAGACAAUAUUCGGUUGAUUCAUGAGUUUUCGUUUCACUGGGAGGGGUGGUAUACCGAGCAGAGUUAUAUCAAGGAGGAUCUUAAUUCUGUUCCGAUGGAUUUGGCGGAUCAAGAAUGGCCAUUUUUGCAUGGUGUUACUGCUGCUGAAGCUUUGAAGUAUGCUGCUGUCUUCAGGCGCUCUACUCACAAUGAUAGUCUGAUUACCACAGCUAAGAAUGGGGUUGACUGGACAUUCAAAUACCACGGUUCAGCUUCCGGCUCGAUCCUUGCUGACGAGCGACUCGCUGGACUAAAUCCAUUCUACGGAUCAGAACUAUGCACAGAUGUUGAGACAAUCUACUCCCUCGCAUACAACUACUUCGCAAUCGGCGACCCAGACUACGCAGACCGUACCGAACUGGCUGCUUUCAAUGCUCUGCCAGCUGCCAUGUGGCCCGACUGGACAUCCCAUCAGUAUAUGACGGAGCCGAACCAGCCAUUUUCCAAGAAUCUUUCUGCUUCGCCUUUCUGGAAUGUCAAUACUGUCGGUCAGACGUUUGGUAUUGAGCCGAACUAUCCAUGCUGUACUGUCAAUCAUCCACAGGGUCUCCCGAAGUUUACAAUGUACAGCUUCCUCAAGAACGGCGAAAACGGACUAGUCCAUGCCCUCCUCAGCCCAGGAAAAGUGCGCACCAAGAUAAACGACAAGGCAGUAAUAGUAGACUGCCAAACCGACUACCCAUUCAACACAAGCCUGUCAUACACAGUUGACAGUGAAACACCCUUCGACUUUUACCUCCGCGUCCCAAAAUGGUCAACAGGAAUCAAAAUAAACGAUGAACCAUCACAAAGCGACACCACGACAGGCUUAACAAAGAUCCCAAUCCAGACCGGAGAGACAACCCUCACCUAUUCCAUCGGCAGGGAAAUUCAGACUGAAUCAAGAGCAAACGAUACAAUCGCCAUCUACCACGGCCCCAUUCUAUACAGCCUACACAUUGACUCGAUCGUAAGAACCAGCCCACCAGCCUAUUACGAUACGCAGCAGCAAUGGCCGGAGGGAACGUAUCCAUUGCAAAUGCAGGAUCAUUCAAUGAUUAAUGGGACCGAGUGGAAUGUUGCUAUUGACCCGUCGACAUUGAGUUUCCAUUCUGGGUCUGGGGAAUUACCUAAACCUACGUUUGACGAUGGGAAGUUGCCUAUGUAUAUCACUGCAAAGGCUUGCUCGAUUGAUUGGCCUUUGUUUGAGGGGUCUGUUCCUGCUUCACCGCCUGGCAAAGGGGAAAGGGUUUGUCUUGGGGAUAGUUUUGUUGCUACGCUGAGACCAUAUGGAAGUUCGAAGUUGCAUAUGUCUGAUCUGCCGACUAUUGAGCUUGGGAAUUAG